AUGGUGUCCUGCAGCGUUGCUGUGUCGACGUACUACAACGCGGAAGGAAGUAUCAUGCCAUCUUCGACCAAGUUUUCCCUGCCAUUCCCUUCCUUGCCAUCCGGUCUACCAAAGGACAGUGAAAACGAUGCACUAGCGGACACCGACUGCUGCGUUCAGUGCCCUCAGUGCCACCAGACGGUUCAGGGAAUCGAGGCGCUGAAAGAACACAUCCAGCUCAACCACAGCGGGAGUCCAGACAACCUGCGGGCCAAGUUCUUAACCGACACCAGCGAACCCGACGACAUGGCGGAGGAGGACGACCACCACGUGGACGCGGACGCAGGUUCUCCGCUACCUAUGGCUCCUCUGGAGCUGCCCACAAGUGGUGGAGGUCGAGCUAGCGGCGACAUUAUUGGAAGCCGGCUACAAGCGAAGUGUGUCAGUCUGCUGCAGCUCCAGCAACAGAAAGCGGCUCGUGAGCUGCUCGAACCUGAGGAUGAUGAUGCCGUGGGUGAAGAAGAGGACGUUGAGAUGGCUCGAGGUGUGACACCUCAAGGACUGCUCCUGGCACCACAAACGGCUCAGGCAGAUCUUUCUUAUGGACGUCAUGGACUCGUCCUCAGCCCAGCACAGGACGGUAGUAGCAACUCCAGCAGUGGUCCUAGUCUGCCAACAGGCGGCUCGGUUAAAGAUGGAGAUUUGACCACGUAUGACUGUUCUCAAUGUUCGGCUCAAUUCGCUAGCCGGGAUCAGUUGGAUCGACACGAACUGCACCACGCACCGUCAGCCGUUGUGAGCUGCAAAGUGUGCCAUAAGCCAUUCGCCAACGUGUACCGACUCCAGCGCCACAUGAUCUCGCACGACGAAUCGUUGCUGCUGCGCAAGUUCAAAUGCAACGACUGUGAUAAAGCGUUCAAGUUCAAGCACCAUCUGAAGGAGCACGUCCGCAUCCACUCCGGUGAAAAGCCGUUCGUUUGCCCGAACUGCGGCAAACGCUUCUCACACUCGGGCUCCUACUCCAGCCACAUGACAUCGAAGAAGUGCAUCAACAUGGGCGUCAAGCUCACCCACCACAACAACAACAACAACAGCACCAGCCACAACAACAACACCAGCAGCACCAGCAACAGCCAUGUUGGUGGUGAUGGUGGCCAUCGCGCUCUGCAAUUUCCCUUCCAAGGUGGAAAUGGGCUGACGGGAUUAACGAAUGGACAUGGGAGGGGUGGAAAGGCGGGGGUAGGAUUCCGACCCCAGGGUGCAGGAGUGCGUGACCUCGAGAUGGCCGGACGACUCCUUCCAGUGACGUCACCCUCUCCGACGUCAUCGUGUUCGUCAGCAACGAAGCAUGACCUUGAAACGAUCGCACCUGGAGCAGAUGCGCUUUUGCCGAUGUUGAACAAACACGCCCAGUCCUUUCACGCGUCUUUGCUAUACUCGAUGGCGCUGUUUGAUCCGACCGUUCUGCGCUACCUCGAACUUUCGGCCGUCGCUCAUCAGCAGCAGCAGUUUCCAGCCGCCGGAGAUGUCCUUGAGCUGCCGGUAGGGAAUGAGAAACAACCGCAUCAACAACAGUUUACAGCCACCGGAGAUGCACUUGAGCCGGCAGUUGUAGAUGAGAACAACGAGUCACCUCCAGCGGAGGAUGAACAACGGCCCAAAUCGGUCACAUCAGGCGGCUUUAAUGCUCUAACAGCCACCGUCACAGCCGCCACUAGCCAUCAACCGUCCGAAAGCGAACAGAUGGAGGUUGAUGAAGAACUGGAGGUAGAACAAUCGGUUACACGACCCGUAAGCAGUGACACUCGAGACGAAGAUGACCAGGUGGUCGAGGAUUGUAACGAGCCGCCACCAAUUCAGCCGCCCGAUGAAACAAACAAGACCGUCCCGUUCGUAGACCUGCCGGUUCCGUUGAAACAGGAACCUGCCGAUGAUCAAGAGAUGGAACAAGACCCUACAACCAAGACCCAGCCCAACACCGAGUGCCCGAAACAGCCGCCUUCAGCGGCUCAAGGACCCGAGGACGAGUCCUGCGACACACGCAAGGUGAAGAAUGAGCCGCCUGAGGAAUCGACGGGUGGGGCGGCUGAGAUGUCGGAUGUCGAGCCAACCGGGCAGGAUGGACGUGCCAGCUCUUCAUCCCUCUCCGCCUCAUCUUCCCUCUCACCAGCCGCCUCGGCAUCGCCCUUCCACUGCGUCUAUUGCGGCGAACAGUUCACCAGUGAGCCUGAAUUGCUGCAACACGCACAGCUGCUCUGCAAACGUUCGUUGUUGCUCAACACGUUCGCUGGUACACCGGCGGCUGGUGGAGGCGCAACAAUCGCCGGAAGCAGCAGCAGUGCUCAAAGUAGCAGCAGCAGUUGUAGCGAGGACGACGCCGAUUACGACUCAGUGGCCCUUAAGGGUGAUGCAUUUGGGAUGCACGGAGCACAAGGCAGUGGUGGUGCAGGAACCGGUGGUAUGGGUAGUGCGGGUAUGACCCCAGGUGGACACGGAGGUGCAGGAGGUAGUGGCAAGGUGCGUGUCCGCACUUCCAUCUCCGAAGAGCAGCAGAAUGAGCUGAAGAAGUACUACGCACGCAACAGUAAGCCAAGUCGUGACGAAUUCCAGGCAAUUGCUCAUCACGUCAAGAUGGAGGCUCGUGUCGUACAGGUGUGGUUCCAGAACAACCGGUCACGAGAGCGUAAAUUAGGUGCUGUCGGAACUCGUCAGUAUCCCAGUGGAAUUGGUUCAGGUGGAGGACCUCCAGUAGCAGGUACAACUGCUCCUACCUCGCCAUUACACGCUGAUCGAGCGCCCUCUGUCGUGACCAGCCAGGAUCAGUCCUUCGAUCAACCACUCGACCUAUCCGUCAAGAAGGGUCUACUGACAGUAGGUGAGGCACUUUUGAGUGCUGCUUCCAACUCACAAGCUGCCGCUUCUGCGCUAGCUGCAAGCACACUUCCAGCAGUACUGCUGCAGGCAGAGACGAUGUCCGCGUUAAACGAGGCAAUGAACCUCAGCAUCAAGACGUCCUGCUCUCCAACUCCAUUUUUCUACCACGACAUCCAUCCGAUCCACGGUGCAACGGCUGGAUCACAGCCUGCAAAGCUGGGUUUCGCUACACCUGGACUAGCACGUGACACACCUUCUCCGCAGGAUGCGCGAGGUCAACUCACGCAAUCAGCUCAACAAACGCAACAAACGCAACCGCCCAGUGGCCAACACUCGUUUGGAAAGUACACCACAGGACACGGACAAGUCUUGCCACAUCACCAUCACUCACAUCCGGCUAGUUUCGCGUGUAUGGAUCAUCUACUCCGUCAGUUCUCACCUGAGCUAUCUGUUGCUGCAGCUGCUGCUGCUGCUGCCGCUGUUGCUGCGGGUUCCGGAGGAAUCACAGGUCGCGCUAGCCUCAGUCCAGGUGCUCGUGACAUCCUACCAGAUGAUGCCAAUGCUGCCAGCUUCUAUGGAGGUGCUUUCCCAGACAAGAAGCACCUGUUGUUGAACUCCAUGUUGAAUGUUCCCAAGCGGCUAGCUGGAGCGUAUGGGCUGACGGGAAGUAGCACUGCGGCGGCUACUCCGGGGGCUAAGGACGGACAAGGUCCCGGUGGACAUCAGGUCCCAGAUGCUGAGGGCCAGUACGUCUGUGAUCAGUGUGACAAGACGUUCAGCAAGCAUAGUUCCCUGCAGCGGCAUAAGUACGAACAUUCAGGCCAGCGUCCUUACAAGUGCAUUGAGUGCCCAAAGGCGUUCAAGCACAAGCAUCACCUGACGGAACACAAACGACUACACAGCGGUGAGAAGCCGUUUCAAUGCUGCAAAUGCCUGAAGCGUUUUUCACACUCGGGUUCGUACAGCCAGCACAUGAACCAUCGUUACUCGUACUGCAAGCCAUACAGGGAGGGUAAAUAA